AUGUCCUCGAAUUACGAUGUUGGCACCCGGGCGUGGCAGCCCGAUGCCGCCGAGGGCUGGGUUGCUUCCGAGGUCACAAAGAAGCAAGUAGAUGGCGACAAUGUCAUCCUGACCUUCAAGCUCGAAAAUGGCGAGGAGAAGGAGCUCAAGAUCCCCCUCGCUACCCUGGAGAAGGGCAGUGACGACACCCUGCCUCCGCUGAUGAACCCAACCGUGCUCGAGGCCAGCGAUGACCUGACCAACCUUUCCCAUCUUAACGAGCCAGCAGUCCUGCAAGCCAUCAAGCUUCGCUAUCUCCAAAAAGAAAUCUACACAUACUCCGGUAUCGUGCUAAUAGCUACAAACCCGUUCGCCCGUGUCGACUCCCUCUACGUCCCAGGCAUGGUCCAGGUAUAUGCUGGGAAACAAAGAGCAACCCAGGCACCCCAUCUUUUCGCCAUCGCCGAGGAGGCGUUUAUAGACAUGUUGCGGGACAAAAAGAACCAGACCAUUGUUGUGUCCGGCGAGUCCGGUGCUGGAAAGACCGUGAGUGCCAAGUACAUCAUGAGAUAUUUCGCAACCAGAGAGUCGCCAGACAACCCCGGGGCGAAGUCCAAAAAAGGCUCCGACGCGUUGAGCGAAACCGAGGAGCAGAUUCUUGCUACCAACCCUAUCAUGGAAGCCUUUGGUAACGCGAAGACGACUCGGAAUGACAACUCGUCCCGAUUUGGAAAAUACAUCGAGAUCAUGUUCAACAGCAAUACGGACAUCAUUGGCGCAAAGAUUCGGACAUAUCUGCUGGAGCGAUCAAGAUUGGUAUUCCAGCCUAUGAAGGAGCGCAACUACCACAUUUUCUACCAAAUGCUUGCAGGUGUCUCCGAGCAGCAGCGACAGGAAUGGAGUCUCCUUCCGGUCGAGCAGUUCGAGUACCUCAACCAGGGAAACACCCCGACCAUCGACGGUGUGGAUGACAAGGCCGAGUUCAAAGCGACCAUGAGCUCUCUGUCAACAGUCGGUGUUGACGAGGCUACCCAGACCGAGAUCUUGAAGAUGCUCGCCGGUCUUCUGCAUAUGGGUAACGUUAAGAUCGGUGCCUCGCGGAAUGAUAGCGUGCUCCCGCCUGACGAGCCCUCUCUUGAGAAGGCUUGUCUUGCCCUUGGAAUCGAUGCUGCUGAGUUUGCCAAGUGGAUCGUGAAGAAGCAACUUGUCACUAGGGGUGAGAAGAUCACAUCCAACCUGAGUCAGGCCCAGGCCAUCGUCGUCCGAGACUCAGUUGCCAACCUGGCCACAGACGAGGUCCUGAGCCAGGUUCAGUCCUUCAUUGGUGUCCUGGAUAUCUACGGUUUCGAGCACUUCGCGAAGAACUCUUUCGAACAAUUCUGUAUCAACUACGCCAACGAGAAGCUGCAGCAAGAGUUCAACGCACAUGUGUUCAAGCUUGAGCAGGAGGAAUACCUCAAGGAGAAGAUCGACUGGACCUUUAUUGAUUUCUCAGACAACCAGCCCUGUAUCGAUCUCAUCGAGGGCAAGCUGGGUAUCCUGUCCCUGCUUGACGAGGAGUCGAGACUUCCGAUGGGCUCUGACGACCAGUUCGUCACCAAGUUGCACCACAACUAUGCCGACAAGAACGCUUUCUACAAAAAGCCCCGUUUCGGCAAGUCCGCUUUCACAGUGUGCCAUUAUGCCGUCGACGUCACGUACGAGUCGGAGGGUUUCAUAGAGAAGAAUCGCGACACCGUGCCGGAUGAGCAUAUGGCCGUCCUGAGGUCAAGUAAGAACCAGUUCCUGGUAUCGGUGCUCGAUGCUGCCGCAUCUGUUCGCGAGAAGGACGUGGCAUCAGCAACCACGAGCUCGGUCAAGCCAGCCGCCGGCCGGAAGAUCGGUGUGGCUGUUAACCGCAAGCCCACUCUUGGCGGCAUCUUCCGAUCUUCGUUGAUCGAGCUCAUGAGCACUAUCAACAACACGGAUGUUCACUAUAUUCGUUGUAUCAAGCCCAACGAGGCCAAGGAGGCUUGGAAGUUCGAAGGGCCCAUGGUGUUGAGUCAGCUCCGAGCUUGUGGUGUCCUCGAGACAGUCCGCAUCAGUUGCGCUGGAUACCCGACGCGUUGGACGUACGAGGAGUUUGCUCUUCGUUACUACAUGCUGACACCGUCGAGCCAAUGGACGGCGGAGAUUCGGCAGAUGGCCAAUGCUAUUCUGGUGAAAGCCCUGGGAGAGAGCACCGGCCCAGGUCAGGACAAGUACCAACUCGGUCUGACCAAGAUCUUCUUCCGAGCAGGCAUGUUGGCCUUCCUCGAGAACCUCCGCACUAACAGACUCAACGACUGUGCCAUCAUGAUUCAGAAGAACCUGAAGGCCAAGUACUACCGCCGCAGGUAUCUUGACGCCAGGGAAUCCAUCGUUCAGACCCAGUCCGUUGCCAGGGCUUACAUGGCAAGGCGAAAGGCUCAGGACUUGCGGACCAUCAAGGCUGCGACUACCAUUCAACGGGUCUGGCGUGGGCACAAGGAGAGGAAGAACUUCCUUCGCAUCAGGGCCGACCUCGUACUUGCUCAGGCUGCCAUCAAGGGUUACCUGCGCAGGAAGGAGAUCAUGGAGACGCGUGUCGGCAAUGCUGCUUUACUUAUCCAGAGAGUAUGGCGAUCAAGGCGGUCGCUGCGGACCUGGAGGCUAUACCGCAAGAGGGUUGUCCUUAUCCAGAGCUUGUGGCGUGGUAGGAAGGCGCGGAAGGAAUACAAGGGUCUCCGUGAGGAAGCCCGCGAUCUCAAGCAGAUUUCCUACAAGCUUGAGAACAAGGUUGUUGAGCUUACUCAGUCCCUUGGCACAAUGAAGUCGCAGAACAAGGAGCUCAAGGCACAGGUGGAGAACUACCAGAGCCAGAUCAAGUCCUGGCAGACACGGCACAACGCGCUCGAGGCCAGGACGAAGGACCUUCAGGCCGAGGCCAACCAGGCAGGUAUCGCCGGAGCCCGCCUGCAGGUUAUGGAGGAGGAAAUGAAAGAGCUGCAGGCUCGUUUCGAAGAAUCUGCCGCCAACCUCAAGCGAAUGCAGGAUGAGGAGAAGCAGUUGCGAGAAUCCCUGCGGGCAACCAACACAGAACUCGAGGUGUCCAAGCAGGAAGCCACUCGCCACGACAGUGAGAAGAACUCGCUGCGUCAACAAUUGGUUGAGCUUCAAGACGCACUGGAGCUUGCCAGGCGCGAGGUGCCUGUCGGAGCUGAGAUCAACGGCAACGGCGUUCAGCCUGCUGUCAACGGCCUCAUCAACCUGGUUUCCUCCAAGAAGCCAACUAAGAGACGGAGCGCUGGGGAUCCCCGGGAUGUCGACCGCUUCAGUGCAGCGUACAAUCCUCGCCCUGUCUCGAUGGCUGUCACUGGCCGUCAAGCUGUCAUGUCAGGAUCGACUCUCAUUCCUGGCGCUGACAGCAUCGAGAUGGAACUCGAGGCUCUCCUCGCCGAUGAGGAGGGUCUCAACGAGGAGGUCACCAUGGGUCUUAUCCGCAACCUGAAGAUCCCUUCGCCCAACACCAACCCACCUCCCUCCGACAAGGAAGUCCUCUUCCCCUCGUACCUCAUCAACCUCGUUACUUCCGAGAUGUGGAACAACGGGUUCGUCAAGGAGUCCGAGCGCUUCCUUGCCAACGUCAUGCAGUCCAUUCAGCAGGAGGUUAUGCAGCACGACGGCGAAGAGGCCAUCAACCCAGGUGCUUUCUGGCUCUCCAACGUCCAUGAGAUGCUCUCCUUUGUCUUCCUCGCUGAAGAUUGGUACGAGGCGCAGAAGACAGACAACUACGAGUACGAUCGACUCCUGGAGAUCGUUAAGCACGACCUCGAGAGCUUGGAGUUCAACAUCUACCACACCUGGAUGAAGGUCUUGAAGAAGAAGCUCAACAAGAUGAUCAUUCCCGCCAUCAUCGAGUCUCAGUCGCUGCCCGGCUUCGUCACGAACGAGAAUAACAGGUUCCUCGGCAAGCUGUUACAGACGAACUCGCAACCUGCGUACAGCAUGGACAACCUGCUCAGCCUCCUGAACAGCGUGUUCCGCGCCAUGAAGGCAUACUACCUGGAGGAUUCCAUCAUCACCCAGACAAUCACGGAGCUGCUCCGCCUGGUCGGCGUGACGGCCUUCAACGAUCUGCUGAUGCGCCGUAACUUCCUCUCAUGGAAGCGAGGCCUGCAGAUCAACUACAACAUCACUCGUAUCGAGGAGUGGUGCAAGAGCCACGACAUGCCCGAGGGCACUCUCCAACUCGAGCACUUGAUGCAAGCAACGAAGCUUCUGCAACUCAAGAAGGCCACUCUUAACGACAUCGAGAUCAUUCAGGACAUCUGUUGGAUGCUAUCUCCCAACCAAAUUCAGAAGCUGCUGAACCAGUAUCUCGUCGCCGACUACGAGCAGCCCAUCAACGGAGAGAUCAUGAAGGCCGUAGCCUCACGAGUCACCGAGAAGAGCGACGUUCUGCUCUUGCAGGCCGUCGACAUGGACGACAGCGGGCCUUACGAGAUCGCCGAGCCGAGAGUGAUCACUGCUCUCGAGACCUACACGCCUUCAUGGCUGCAAACACCCAGGUUGAAGCGCCUUGCUGAGAUUGUUUCCGCGCAAGCGAUCGCUCAGCAGGAGAAGAUGGAGUACGGCUCCCAGAGCGGGUACGAGAACGGUGACAUUGAGGAGAUGGACGAGACACCCGAGGCUAUCGAGGCCAGCGCAUAG